GUUAACUCAACAUCUGUUUGCAUCACUCUCGAACGUUCAAGAUAAAAGAUGGCGUCUGUACCAAAUGACAAGAGGAAGAAAAAGAAGAAAAAGUCCCAAAAAGUCACAGAAAUCCCAUCUCCCAACCUAAACCUGACAGGACAAAAUGAUAGACAAGACAUUCCACGGGCUUCUCCCUUGUAUCCAUACAUCACUUACAACAUUUUUAACUGUGAAAACUUUCAAAUUGGCGAUCGGACAACUCUCAUUUCUGAAGCGAGGCAACUGUUGAAGUCACCAUCAGACAAUAAAGCUGACGUAAUCAUCGGAAUGCUCAACAGCAUACUUAACCCUAGCUGUACGGAACAGCCCGGCGAGAUGAAUCUGCAAAAGCUGGAGUCGGCGUUUGAUCGCCUGUAUGGCUCCAUUAUAGAGGGAAAGAAACAAACGUUUAAAAUGAUUACAGAGCAGCCAAUGAAAAAGUUUAUCCAGCAACACCCAGAUCAUUUUGAGUUAGAAAAUCGACAGGGAAACUGGAACGUUAAGCAAUGUCGACAUGUUGAUAAAACUUCAACCGCUGUACAAUCUACUUACAUCGACGUAUCUGUGGAAAGGGACUGCGCACUAGUUACCUCGACAGAUGGCGUCCCGACCAACUCUGUUGUAGAUCAGCAAAUUUCAAGAGAAAACACACAUCCAGAGGUUUCAGUAGUGGAUGACCUGCCAUCAAAGUCAUGGGCAAAAGUCACUCGAAACAAAAGAACAAUGCAAUCACCCUCUGUUGAAAUCAACAGAGCCACGGUUGAUAGGCUUUUGCAAACAUCACCUGGUCCAGGCCUGAUUCUGCAGCCGUCUGAAGUCGUGUACCUUGAGAACAAAGCAUUGUUCUCUCUUGACAUUGUUAGUAUGUGGAAUACUCCCAAAAUAUCAGGCCAUAUCCUGCUGGGGGCUCAAGCAUCCACAACGCUACCCCAUAAAGUAACCGGCCUGUCACAAAGUCGAACAGACCAGGAAAUGCAAGAAUUAUUUCUCGCCGAGUCCUUUGACACUCGACCAAUGUUUCGCUAUGUCGAGGUAGAUUUCUUGGAAAAGCGUGUCGGACUUUUAACAGUCAAUUCUAGUGCAGGGCAAGGCAAACCAUGCACAACUGUAAGAUCCCAGUCUUGUUUUAACGUCGAUCAGCUAUGGUAUCGAAAAGGAGACGAGAGCGUCAUGUGCAAACUAUCAGAGAACAUGGUCGUAAUGGACAUAUACAAAUGGUUUAUCGGGAGUAAAGACGAAGACAAACUAUUGGACACACAAUACAACGAUCUGUUUAAAACAAAGAUAGACGAUUCAUCCCUAAAGGCACCUCAAACUGAAAAUAUUUUGGACAUAUUCACAAAAGGGCAUGGUAUCCUUGUAGUUGGCCAAAUCCCAAGUAACACUCGAAAUCUGUCAGCACUGAUGAAGAUUCCUUGGCUGUACGUGUUUGAUUUCGACAUAGAAAGUCGAUCCACGGGGACUUUAGGUGCGUGUCAAAGUGCUCUGGAGAGUAAAAGAUCCCUGUACAUAAGACAUUGGGGAAUGCCUCCAGUUGGAGUCUCGGAGCAUUCGACAACUUGGUGUUUUGUAAGAGGUACAAGAGACAUUCCUGAGUUUCGCGUUGAAGGGAACAGUAAGGCAUGGCGACAGAAAACCCGAGUACAAAUACGGAAACAUUAUCAACAGCUGGGUAAGUUUGCAGCAGACUACACCACUCUGCGGGUUUUGGUUGUGUGGUCUAACCUUGACUUUUGUCCACAUCAUCUUCAUUCAUUUUUACAAGACUUAGAUGACAAUUUGACGCCGAGAAUAGAAAUAAGUUUAAGUUUGAUGCCGACUUCUGCUGAAGGAAACAGUGUUUUUCAGAUUUUUAAAACUCAUUUGGACAUUGAACCGAAGAUUAUGCCCGUUGAGAGAUUAUGCCAAGAUAUAAACGUUCGCUUUGAAGACAAAAACAGAGACGUUUUGCAACUGAAGUUACCCAUAUUUAACGGGGAAAUAAGCCAAACAGAAAUUUGCGAUCGUGACAAACUCUGGUUCAGUGAGGACUUGGAUGUACUGUAUCUAGACAGUCCAUAUUCCAGAUCGAGAGACACCGAAGCUAUCUCCCAUGAUAUAGAUGAGUUCUUCAAAGGAGGGACAAUACACUGGUAUACAUGGUAUGAGUGUAGUUCUGGAUUUAUCGAUAUACAGAGAGAUCUGAUGGAUAAAAUUCUUCCAGAACUUGAACGUCGAUGCCGAACUCCAUCCAAACCCGCCUUGAUAACCCUCCUGCAUGCUCCUGGAUCCGGGGGAACAACCCUAGCACAAAGACUCCUGUGGGAGCUGCACACAAAAACACCAUGCGUGCAAGUAAGAACAGGGGCUGAUUUCACGCUAGAUCAAGUAAUAAGCAAAAUUAAUGUGUUGAACAAAAUAACAGGUUCACCUGUGGUUAUACUUAUGGACGGAGAAGAGGAAACAAGGGUCAAUUUAAUGGCAAACCAGUUGUCCAGAAUCCCAACCAUAAUCUUGUAUGUAAAGCGCUGUACAUAUCGCAUGACUCACAUAGAAAACAAGGCCGGGGCAGCAACUUUCUAUUUGAAAGGAGAAGUUAGCUCUGAUGAAGCGAAACGACUUGCUCUCAAACUGAGAGAUAAAGUAGAGGAUGCAAACAGAAAAGCAGCUCUUAACAAGCUAACAGAAAACGUUUCGAAUGGGAAAAGCCAGUGUUUGUACGAGUUCGGCCUAGCUGCCUACCUCCAUGAAUUUAGAGGUGUGGCAUCUUAUGUGAGAGGAUAUUUGCAUCUUGAAGACAACCCAACCAGAGAUUUGCAUCCGUGGCAAAAACUACUUGGAUACCUGGCAUUGGUGUACUACUACGGACAGGCAUGUGUUCCAUGUCAGUUCUUUGCCACCCUGAUUGGUAAGCCGCCAAAUUACGAUGUUUCUUUGGAGGAUUUUCCUGAGUGUGCCAGAGAGUUCAUCAAAGAGAGCAAAACUUACCCGAAGCACAUACGCAUUUCUCAUUACGUCAUAGCUCAAGAAAUCCUCGAGCAGCUUCUGACAAGACACCGCCCAAGCGGAAACGAAAUAGACAACCCCGAUCCCACCAGUCUUAGCACGCUGGCGAAGCAAAAUUUGAAAGAUUUUGCAGUAGACUUUAUUAAAUAUGCAAGUCAGAGGAAAACAAAGGAUAACGUUGUUUCGGAAACGAUAAUCUACAUUCUGACGAAAACGUUUAUCAUGCGUGAAUACAGAGAUGCUGCCGAUAUCCCUGGAGAAGCAUCAGAAGUCAAGCCAAAGGUGUCCAAGCUACUUUCGGACUUGGAAUCCCACCCACCAUUUAUAGACCAGCUGAAGAUACUUAACACUCUUAGUGAAUCCUUCCCUAUGGAUCCAAAUUUUCACGCUCACCUAGGGCGAUUUUACACAUACUGUCCACCAGUAGACAUGGACAAAGCAGAACAAUGUUUUGAGAAGGCUUUGGGAAUUUGCGACGGUCUCGACAAAAAGGGUACGAAAGUCAAACAGACGUUAACCCAUGUGUAUCACAUGUACGGUAUGGUUUAUCUGAAGAGAGUCAAAGCCGCUACACAAUAUAAACGUGGAAAGAGGUGUUGCUUCGAAAUGCAGCGUCGAGUCGAGGAAUCUUUGCUGCAAGCGGAGAGAGCAUGCGACCUAUUCCAGAAGUGUCGUGAGCACAUCCCACCUGGUCAGGAAGACUGUUAUGGGUACUUGAACGAAAUAGAAGUUAGGCUGAGCAUGUGCGGAGCAAUCGAAACAGCCUUCGGUGAUCUUUCCCAAUUUAUCCAGAACCCUAACAGCGAUCCACAUCUCGUUAGGUUUCUUACAUCGAGUUUCUCUGAAGUGGAUAGUCUUAUUAUGCAAUGCUACCACAACAUUGACCAAGAUGAGCUGGGUAGAUUUUUCUAUGACAUGGUGGGUUUAUUCAACACUACAUUUCAAAAGAAUGUAACAUGUUUUGAGAAACUUUGUACCUCACAGAAUUCCCAUACUAGACGAUUAAAGAUUGCGACAACCAAGAUGAAAUAUGUCAGCAAUCCGAGAGAAAUGACGGUUUUAGAUCAACUGCCUCAGGAGGACGUGACAGAAAUUGUUAAAAUGUACGAGGCUAACUUUACGGAAAUUAAAGAAUCAGGACAUAUCAGCAACCGAAAUGCUCUGGACACUGACUAUAGGGAAUGGAUAGUGGCCAUACGAUGUGAUAAAUUGCAGCAUGCAUAUGAUUUGGGAGAUGUCCAAACUCAAGUCUAUGCGUGGCGCAAGAGCCUAAAAACUCCUCUGUCUCUUUAUUACGUAUUUGUAGUCACAAGCCUAUUAGGUUUGGAAACAGAUCGGGGAAGUGCCAAGGAAUUCCACCUCAGGAAAGCAGAUGAGCUAAAGGAAAAUCUGAAGAGAGAAAGCAGAUAUACACGAGAUUCGCGCUAUCCCCGGGAAUGGCUAGGAGUCGGCAGAGGUAUAAAACGCUUGGUGCCCAGUGGCUGUUCCCAACAAGGCCAUGUCGAUCGGUACUGUCACAAACGAAGUGUGAAAGGCUCUGUGGAAUCCAUACUAGCCGUCUGUAAGGGAACGAUCUGCCACCCCAAUAAACCCCUUUCUGGACAUAUUGCCAUGGAUUUGGGAAACACUCCUGUGCAGGUAAAAGUCUUCUUUGUUCCAAAAGUUUGUAAUUUGGAAGGUGCACGAAACGAAAACCAAAGAGUUGAGUUUCACUUGGCAUUUACAAUGGACAAAGGAUACGAGGCUUUCAAUGUCCAACUACUAGAGAAAGUUCAAUGCCCUUCGUGCCGGACAGCAGUGGAGAUAAAAAGUGACGAAAGACAUGCGAGUUGUUCAGUGUGCCAACAAACUGUGUUCCCGAAGGAAUCUGAUCCGUUCAGUUACUCUUCGUAGUUUAUAUUAAAAGACCCGUUUCUUGGAUUGGGCCAUUUAAAUAAACCAUAUGCAGGGGCACACCCCUAUCCUGGUAUCGUUUCUGAAGUGGGUUGAUCAAUUUUAGGUCUGUCACAUUUUCCUGCCAACAAGGUUGAUACUGCGCUAAAGGCUGCGUAACAUACAUUGCCUGACUGCACGCAUGAAAUGUUCUGGUCCCGCACGUAGAAGUGUGUAUUUCCCUGUUUUAAAAGAAAUGUCUCCUUGUUCGGACCCACUGCAUUCCUUCACACAACAUAAACAGUGCUGUGAACGGUGUUGAUGUGAUAUUAUAGGAAAGAACAGACAGAUAAGACGGUUCUAUCUGGCAUCACCAAUUCUAUGUCAAGCUGCACAUCACUAUAACAUAAAUGGCCGUUUGUAAUAUGGGGGGUAUUCGUUUUUUUCUUACGCAUGUUUAUUUAUGCGACUAUUGUUUAACGCCUGUAUAUGCAUGUUUUAUUUGUGCCCAACGUGCUCAGCACGCAUAUAUACUCUUUUUUGUUGUUGUCGUUUUGUGUGUCACUGUACAUUUCAUUAUGCAUUAGCUUUGUUAUUCAGAUAUUCAUAGAGUGCAUGCGUGACAGUUUGACAGUAUCUCCGAUGAUCAUGUUGAAAUCCGCUUGACAAUAUCAUAUUCGUUGAGGCCUGAGUGCAUACCGUGUCUUAGGCUGCAUUAUACAAUGAUUUGUACUACAAUAUAAACCUACUGUGUCUUAGAUAGUACUAUGU